AUGGAGUUGGAGCACUUGUUCAGAAGUGGAUCAGAUCAUACCUCAAUGCAAAUCAAGUUUAGCACUAUUAAUGAGCAUAUUACUAAAUCUUCCAGGUUUCUAAAUAUGUGGCUGUCGCAGAAAUAUUGUAUGGAAGUCAUAAAAGCAAAUCAGCAUACUCAGGUGCAAGGAAACCCAUUCAUCAUGUUCCAUCAUAAGAUGAAGCAAGUUAAAAAUGCUUUAGUUAAAUGGAGUAUGGAACACUUUGAUAACAUUUUCCAGGAAAUUGCUACACUAGAGGAGAUUAAUAAAGUGAAAGAAAAUCAAUUUGAGGAGAGGCCAAUAGGAGCAAAUAAAGAAGGAUUAUUCAAGGCUCAGGCUGAGUUGAAUGUGCAGUUGAGGAGAGAAAAAGAAUUCUGGAAGCAAAAUACUAGAUUUCAAUGGUUCAAGGAUGGAGAAAGUAAUACAAAAUUUUUCCAUGCAAUAGUAAAACGAAGAAAAAACAGGUUAAAGGUGCAAAGAAUUCAAAAUAAGGAAGGGGAAUGGAUAGAAGAUCAGAAUAGCAUUGCAGAUGCUGCUGUUGCCUUUUAUCAGAAUGCAGGAGGACCAGAUGGGAUGACAGGGGCUUUCUUUUAA